CAAUUUAUUUGCCGGGACAUCGGACUAUUUGCUCACGUGCCGCACGUUUUCCAGUGAAUUCCUUUGUCGGGGUCGUGGAUUUCCCCUCUCGGUCUAAUUUCAAUGGCCCAAAUGGCCCGAAUCCCUUGGCCCAAAUCGAGGUCCCACUGGCAGUGACUUUCACAUUAUUUAUCGGCAACGCCACGGCCUUACCUUGUAUUACUUCUGCGGUUUCUUUUGUUUAUCUUAUCGCACUGCAAUCGUCCCAAAGCGUAUAAAGCAUACGCCCAGUUGGUUGGAUGAUUAUAAUGGACUUUUUAGCGGGUAAAAAAAAGUUAAAUAAUAAAUUAAAAAUAUAGAAUACGGCACGCACGAUUUGUUUUGUGUUCAAUAAUCUCUGAUAGUUGAGAACUGAUUAAAAAAUCAAUUCUGAAUGUCAGUUGAUAGAUCAGAUACCCACUUAUCUAUGAACCUUGAACUUUACAAAGUUCAGAGUUCGUUGAAUGAAUCACUUUUAUGCCAUUAACCCACAACAGAGUAGUUUUUAGGUUCACUGUGAAGAUUAAUAGGCCAUGACAUUUAAUUAGAUAAAUAGAAUUAAACUGUUUGUGUUGAUACUUUAGCUGAAAACAAUUAAAAUAUCUUUUCAAGCAUAAAAUUAUAUUAUGGUAUAAAUUCACAUGAACUUCAUAGAAAAAGCUUAGUUGAUUUUUAAACUCUCCAAAUAUUAAACAAAAAAAUGAAAACUAUUUUUGGAUUAAUCCUGAUUCUAAUCACAACAUUAUCUUCACAAGGACAUCAACAAUUUGGCAAAGAUUGUGGUGAUAUAUCCUGUGAACCAGGCCAAAAAUGUGUCAUUUCUCAAAUACCCUGCAAUAAUCCGGAAGACAAAAUGGACCUUCAUUGUGGAAAAUAUCCGGAGUGCAGAGCAGAUCAGCCUAGCAGGGAUUUCACCAUCGACACCACACUGACCAUCGCCAACACCCGCAGUAGCAUCAUCAUACCCAGCACCAGCACCACCCAAAAUCGAAGCCCCAAGGAUACGGACUUUGAGCUGCUGACCGAUUUCAGCAAUCCAAAUCCUUCGGCCACCCAUGCCGGACAACGUCAAACCAAUGUCCUGGUCAUUGUGCAGGACGGCUCACAACAGCCCCAGCAGCCAAAUCCUUGGCUCAAUCCGGGCCAGAGUUCACCCUGCCAAGUCAGUCCUUUGUAUCCUUAUGCCUGCAAUUAUCCCAGCUAUGGCCUCAAUCCCGGAAUGGGAUUACCGACCUAUCCGCAGGCUCGAGCAGCAAAUAGGCCACAAUUGGUUCCGCCCACCCCUCCCUGCUACUACAAUUGUUAUCCUGCCAGAGCAGGAGCCAGUUCUUAUCCUCAAUAUGGUUAUCCUUUGGCUAGAUCAGCAAAUCCUGCAUCUAUGAAUAAUAAUUAUUUAAUGUAUUUGACCCUAGCUGGUUAGACAUUUGUUGUUAGAUUUAUAGAAGAAUAUUUAAGAGAUUUAAAAUAGUAUAAUACAUUUUGAUAAACUUUU